AUGUACCCGCUGAGUGCCAUCUCCGAUGCCAAAAAGGUUUUGAGACUCACUCACAUGCGCCGCCUCCGCGCGAUGGCAAGGAGCGAUCCCAGUGCCUUGAAACUUGAGUCGAUACGCAUUUGUGAGGUGCUGUACGAGCGUAUCUGUGUUUUGAGACGUAAGCACUUGGGUGUCGAGGGUGCGAUGCUCCCUCCUCUUCUUCUUUGUGCCUAUCUGCCACUGUUCUAUGAAGUGGAUCUCCGUCCUCUGUUAUCCCGGUUGUGGAGGGAGCGACCCAACGAGCACCUCAGGUGUGUUUCUGUCUUUGUUCCGACUGUGCUUGCGCAGUUUAAGAAUGUGAACAGCUGCACGGGUACCUCAGUGCCUGUUCCCUUGCGGUCAUUUCCGCCGCAGACCGUUGCUGAGCGACUGAUGAGUGCCAUGCUGUUUGUUGAAGUGCUUGGUGAGGGAGACUUGCUACGGUCUUUCGACGUGCGUGGUUGCUACGGGUUGAUGGAGCUGAAGGAAGGUAUUCUUCAUCGCGACAUUUUCCGUAGUGGCGAAAGUGUAACUUGCGGUGUGUCACCAUCCUCCCGCCGGGUUAUCGCCUGUGACUGGUGGCACUCCCUCUUUCCACAUUGUCCGAGGCCUGCAGGUCUGAUUGAGUCGGGAGAUCACCCGCGGGGCGGGGUUCAGCGAGGUCCUCUUCUUUCCCUUACACCCGGUGUUUUAUUUGAUCGGACGGGAGGCCGGUUGGGGAAGGGCGGCGGAUACUACGAUAGAUUUUUGCAGUUUCAGCGGUGUGCUUCGGGUGAUCCGGCGGAAGAGACGACCUUAGCAUGGGGUGUUGCUAGGGAAAUGCAGCUGCUAUCGGGAGAGGGGGACAAGCUACCAGUUUAUAGAGAUUCUUUGCCUUCCCAUGGUAUGAAGGACGCCCUAAUGGAUGCUGUGGUUACAUCCACUGAGUUUGUUAAGUGCUCGUGA